AAAUGUAGUGUUUCUCACCUCGGUCUUAGGGUCCUAAGAAGGCACAGAGACUGUGGUUGUAUGAGAAACUUUCACCCUAGGGGGUAAAAGGGUCUCAGUAAAAAGAGGCUAAUAAUAUCAUCUUGGUGGGAAGAUUAAAUAAAUUAACAGAUUUAAAGGUUCCAGCAUGGUGGCUGGUAGUCAAUGAAUGGUUGCCCUUCCUAAUUUCUCGAUUUCGUCCAGGACCAACGAAGGAUCUGCCCUAACAGCCAGAGCAAGAGAAAAAAUGUGAGACACUACCCGCCGUGCACUGCGCCACAGCGCCCCCGCGCGCCGAAGCCAGGGAACCGCCCACCCGGCGCCGGCCCCGCCCACCCGGCGCCCGAACCAGCGCAGAAGCACCGCCCAGGAGUUUGUUGUUACUGUGGCCUGCGUGCCAGGCGGCGGCCGGUUAGGGCCGCGGCGCCACCAUGGUGGUGCGACAGGCGCUGGGCCGGGGCCUGCAGCUGGGCCGAGCGCUGCUGCUGCGCUUCACAGCCAAGCCUGGCCCGACCUACGGCUGGGGACGGGCCGAGCGGCCGGGUCCGCCGGCGUGUUGGGGCCGAGGAGAGCGCCCGCGCCCGGCCGCGGGGCCCGGUGCGGAGUCGCGUAGGCUCGGGCUCCCCGACCGCUACCGCUUCUUCCGCCAGUCGGUGGCCGGGCUGGCGUUGCGGCUCCAGCGGCAGUUCGUGCUGCAGGCCCGAGGCGGCGCGAGCCCCUGCGGCCGGGCUGUCUUUCUGGCCUUCGGGCUGGGGUUGGGCCUUAUCGAGGAGAAGCAGGCAGAGGGCCGGAGGGCAGCCUGGGCCUGUCAGGAGAUCCAGGCAAUUUUUACCCAGAAAAACAAGCUGCUGCCUGGCCUGUUGGACAGUAGACGCUGCCAGGGCUUCCGGCUGGAGGAGUAUCUUAUAGGGCGAUCCAUCGGCAAGGGCUGCAGUGCUGCUGUGUACGAAGCCACUGUGCCCACGGUGCCCCAGAAUUCGGAGGGGGCAGAGAGCAGCGGGCUGCUGACAGGAAGAGGCCCAGACAUCAUUCCACAAGGGGAAACUGAGGAGAGCAUGGCCCAACCCCCUGCCUUUCCCUUAGCAAUCAAGAUGAUGUGGAACAUCUCGGCGGGCUCUUCCAGCGAGGCCAUCUUGAGCACAAUGAGCCAGGAGCUGGUCCCAGCUAGCCGAGCAGCCUUAGCCGGGGAGUAUGGAGCAGUCACUUACAGAAGAUCCAAGGGAGGUCUCAAGCAACUGGCCCCUCACCCCAACAUCAUCCGAGUUUUCCGUGCCUUCACCUCGUCUGUGCCACUGCUGCCGGGGGCCCUGGUCGACUACCCUGAUGUGCUGCCCCCACGUCUCCACCCUGAUGGCCUGGGCCACGGACGGACACUUUUCCUCGUUAUGAAGAACUAUCCCUGCACCCUGCGCCAGUACCUUCGCACAGCCACUCCAAGCCCCCGCCUUGCCACCAUGAUGAUCUUGCAGCUUCUGGAAGGGGUGGAUCACCUGGUUCAACAGGGCAUCGCACACAGAGACUUAAAGUCUGACAACAUCCUCGUGGAGUUGGAUGCAGAUGGCUGCCCCUGGCUGGUGAUCACCGAUUUUGGUUGCUGCCUGGCGGAUGAGCACAUCGGCCUGCAGUUGCCCUUCACCAGUUGGUAUGUGGAUCGGGGCGGAAACGGCUGCCUGAUGGCUCCCGAGGUGUCCACGGCCUGUCCCGGCCCCCGGGCAGUGAUCGACUACAGCAAGGCAGACACCUGGGCAGUGGGAGCGAUCGCCUAUGAAAUCUUUGGGCUCUCCAAUCCCUUUUAUGGCCAGGGCCAGGCCCACCUGGAAAGCCGCAGUUACCAAGAGGCUCAGCUGCCAGUACUGCCCGAGUCGGUACCUCUAGAUGCGAGACACCUGGUGAGGUCACUGCUCCAGCGAGAGGCCAGCAAGAGACCAUCUGCCCGAGUAGCUGCAAAUGUGCUUCAUUUAAGCCUCUGGGGUGAACACAUCUUAGCCCUAAAGAAUUUGAAAUUAGACAAGGUGGUUGGCUGGCUCCUCCAACAGUCAGCUGCCGCUUUGCUGGCUGACAGGUUCACGGAGAAGAGUUGCGUGGAAACAAAAAUGAAGAUGUUAUUUCUGGCCAACCUGGAGUGUGAAGCCCUCUGCCAGGCAGCCUUCCUCCUCCAGUCCUGGAGGGCAGCCCCGUGAUGGCUCUGCAUGUAGCUGAAUUACUAAAAGAACUUAGCGGCAUCUGUGUCAUGAUGGUCUGAGUGCUGAGGGAGGGGGCUCUGAGGUGCGAGAGGGUGAGAGUCAGAAGAGAUGGCACAGAGGGCUGGUCAGCCCCAGAGAAGGCCUCAUGCUUGGCAAGUGUGGAAGGAACAAUUUGAGUCAAAGUCCCUGGUCUGUAGCUACUAACUAGCUGUGCAGUUUUGGAUGAAUCCUAUAACUGGUGUAGACUAAAGUUCUCUUAUCUGUAAAGUGAAGAAAUUGGUCUAAAUCAGGAGUCAGCAAACUUCUGUAGAGGGCCAGACAGUAAAUACUUUAGCCUGUCACAGCUACUCAACUCUUAACAUUGUAGCAUGAAAACAGUCUUAAAUAUGUAAACGAACAAGUGUGGCUGUGUUCAAGAAAACUUUAUGGACACAAAUUUGAAUUUCAUGUGUAACAAAAUAUUUUUUUCAUUUCUUCAACCAUUUAAAAAUGUGAGAAACCGUUUUUAGUUUGUUGGCCAUACAAAAACAGCCAGCAGUCUGGAUUGGCCAGGAGACCAUAGUUUGUCAGCCCCUGGUCUAGAUGAGUUCAAAGAACACAACUCAAAAAAAAAAAAAAUUGCCAGCUCAUCAUUAGGCCCCUUUGUGUAUCAGUGCUUAAAUGUGAUUAUCCCUGUGGAGAAGCCAAAGUCCUAGGUGAGCAGAUCCACUCAGGUGUAAUUGCUGACCAAACGCCCUGUCUUACACCCAUGUUCUGUCCUCACAGACCUCUGGAAAGUUUCUAAUGACUGAGCUGGUCUGUUAGAUGAGCCUGGUCUGAGGAGGUUUAUACCACAUAUGUUCCACGCUAUCGACCAAGGCAGUGGCUGUUAAUGGCAGAGUUCUACUGUGACAUUUGCCCGUAGGUCCAGGAACAGCCUGUUGCUCGUGUGAAAGGGGCAGACACAUCACCAGUUUGCGAACAUCAUCUGGGCUGAGGCAGACAUUUGCACAGGUCAGUAUAGUCAAGUGCCAGAAUGAAACAACAGUGAAGUGAGGCCUGAGAAGCAGGCGCCUCUGCACUUGUUAGGCACUGGAACACCACUAGGGGUACAGCAUUUUUGUGAAAGCAUUUCCACAGAGCUCCUCCAGUGACUGGCUCUAGCACAGCUGUCAUAACUGAUGAAAUGGAAACUGUGUGGUGUUUUAAACUCGAUCUUCCUUUUAACUUGCAUUUCUUACAAGAAUUAAAUACAAAUUUACAACUACAGAAUGCACAUGUGCCUUAAACUGAGUAUCUGGCUUUAAGAGUGAUUUUUACUAUACCGUAGAGACCAGAAAGGUUUGUGGGUAGAUAGAUAGAUACCAACAAUGGGGAAAGGACUUCACAUAUAAUUCUACACAUGCUUUUCUAGGACCAGAGCCCUGGUGGUGCAGUGGUUAAGAGCUGAGCUGCUAACCAAAAGGUCAGCUAGUUCUAAAUCCACCAGCCGCUCCUUGGAAACCCUAUGGGGCAGUCCUACUUUGUCCUAUAGGGUCGCUACGAGUUGGAAUAGACGGUAAUGGGUUUUUUUUAGGACCACAGCUAUUGCCUAAAGCAAGCAAGGUGAACGUAUAUUUAAGGUUCUUUUCAAACAGGUAAUUCUACAAUUUUAUUAUAAAGCCAAGUGCUGUCAUCCCAGGUUUUCUGUUUCAGUGAUGCUCCCCUCAAUGCAUUAUUAGCCCUAUUUUAUCCCUUGAGAAGCUAAGAAGUUCUAGCAUUUCAUAAUUAUUAAGGAAAAUACCGUUCAGCCUUUGGCAAAAUAAAAAGCAGCCACUUACUACUUCCAGUCAUUACCAAACAGCAUCCCCCUGCUAGCAAAAAAACAGGCCAGAUGGAAGUUUGAGGGCAACGUUUCUCUUUAUUUUAGAAAUGAGUGACUUCACAUAUGAAAAAUGCCCUUUAACAGUUCAAGGUGGAAAACCUUAGGUAAAAAGUGUUCCCUGACCCCCAACCAUUGGUACUCAAUGCUGCAUCUCCCACUGAGGUAAGGCUGUGCCAUUGUCCCACGGCUUAAAAAAAAAAAAAAAAAAAAAGGGAA